AUGGCUGACCUGACCCAAGGUGCCGUGGACUCGCUGGUGGGCCUCCUCUCGACGGCGAUCACCGACGAGAGGAAGCUGCUGGGCGGCGUCCAGGGCGACAUGCAGUUCAUCAAGGACGAGAUGGAGAGCAUGAACGGCUUCCUCCUCCACCUCAACAAGUCGGACGGCACGCACGACGACCAGGUCCGGGCGUGGAUGAAGCAGGUCCGCGACAUCGCCUACAUCGCCCAGGACUGCAUCGAGCUCUACAGGCGCGACUUCGCGGGCCCCAUUGACGCGGGCCUCUGGGCUCGCCUCCGCUACCUCCCCAAGCUCAUCGCCUGCCUUCCGGCGCGCCACCGCCUUGCCAACAAGAUCCGCGAGCUCAAGGUUCGCGUCCACGACGUUGGCGACAGGCGGCAGCGCUACGAUAUCAACAUCCCUCCCGCAAAUACGGCCGCGGAGAGGUUGGCGGACAGCCAAUCUAGACAGGUCGAGAUCGACGAGGACCGAGAUGCCUUUGAACGUGCGUUAGCACUUGACAAGGAGAAGAAACAACCAUCAUUUGAUGGAGCCAUCGGCCUCCUUGCUAGCAAAGACCUUCGAUCGGCAGCAACCACGGUACGUGCUGCCCUCUACAAAUGCUUGAUGGGGUACCAUAAUGGCAUCAUCACAGGCGCACAGAGGAUGUUCCGCGUUGCUCAAGAGGACCGCCUGACGAAGGAAGAGACGGAGGUGAUCUGCAUAGAGGUCGUCCUCCGUGCUCUUCGUGCUCAUAGUCAAGACCGGCGGACGGCCCAGACCAAGGAAGAUAUUUUGAGAAUAGUUAAGGAGGCUGAUUGCACCAAUCUUCCGAAUCAACUAAUGAUCUUCUGCUACAGCAACUUGUCCAGGAGUCAGAAGAGCUGCUUGCAAUAUCUCUAUGCUUUCCACGAAGAAACCUCGAUCAGCAGAACGAGCUUGGUCAGGCGAUGGCUCGCCGAAGGCCUUGUGGAGAGAAAAGUUGGUCGUUCCCUCGAGGAAGCUGCAGAGCUAUGCUUCAAGGAGCUCCUCUUUCGUGGGUUCCUUCUUCCUCACGACCGAGCCACUGCUACCGGCAAAGUCAAGAGCUGCAAAAUUCACAAGACAAUAUGGGAGUUUGUCUACACAAUGUCCACAAGUGAGAACUUUGUAAGCGACCUGCCGACUCAUCUGAACAACCAGCUUCGUUUACGAGGCUUUGUGAUGAAGCAGCAGUGGGAAAUGAAUCAACGCCCACGGGAGGUGGACAGUCCGCGGAGCAUGUGCGGGUUUCACCGCCCAACGCGACAUGCCGCCGAACCCAUGGAGGAAAUGGUAAAGUUGCUCAAAUCUCUACCCGAAACGUACCGGCUAAACGUGCUGGAUCUCGGGGGCUGCAGGGGUCUAAAGAAGAGCCACCUGAAGACCAUCUGCCAAGUGCAAUGGCUCAAGUAUCUGAGCCUACGGAACACGGGCAUCUCCCAGCUGACCAAGCAGAUCAACAACCUCAGACUGUUGGAGAAGCUAGACAUCCGGCAAACUGCGCUACGCCAGAGGGACACGGAGCACAUCUACCUCCCCAAGCUCAAACACCUGCUCACCACCUGGACGGAGACCAUCUACACAGGGAUUCCUCGCAACAUCGGAAGUAUGAUAUACAUGGAGAUAUUGUCCCAGGUCCAGGUUCAGCAUGACCACCCCACCGCCAAGAAGGAAUUGGAAGAUGUUAGCCGCCUACAGCUUAGGAAGCUGGGCGUGGUUCUCGGUGGCAGCGAAGCUCAAGAGAAUAUGGACAGUCUUCUUCAAGCAAUAACCAGGCUGAGAGAUUGCUUACGCUCUCUCUCAGUACGCAUCACUUCGCUACCCACCAGCGACCAUUCAGUGAAGAUGGAUAUGGCACCACAGCAAAAUGUACCCAACCUACUGAAUAGCCUGCAUAUUAGUGGCCUAGGGAAUACCGCGCUGCCUAGCUGGAUCCUUCAACUCCAUCAGCUCUCUGAGAUUACAUUGUUUGACAGCUUCAUGUCCAAAGAAUAUCUGCAGGAACUUGGGAAGAAUCUACAACACUUGCGCAGCCUUCGGCUCCGAUCCAAAUCAUGCGGCGAAGAAAAGCUCACCUUCAACAAUUAUAUGUUCCAAGACCUAAGGUUCCUCAUUGUCGAAAGCGACACCAUCACCACUCUAGAGUUUGAGGAAGAGGGUGCAACCCCUAAUCUCAAGAAGAUCGUUUGGUGCAACAUGCCCAAUAAGCAGCCCGGCACGCUCUCCGGAGUCCACCAUCUUCGGAGCCUGGAAGAGGUGGUGCUCAAGGGCCACUUCCUCAACUUGAAUGACAUUCAAGUAAGCAUUGGGACCAAACUGAGGUAUCCAUGA